CUCCAGCUUAACCAGCCUGUCGCCUCGGGGGUGGUGCCUGUCAGACAGCCUGUCAGACCUGGGUUCCUUCAGCUUAAUCAGCCUGUUGCCCCAGCAGUUAUCCCAAUAAAUCAGCCGCUUCAGCCCGCAGUGUCUCAGAACACGACGUUUUUGACUGCAGGUUCCAUUCUUAGGCAGUUGGUUCCAACCGGUAAGCAGGUCAAUGGGAUACCUGUGUACACGCUGGCCCCGGUUCCGGUCACUUUGCCUGUACCUGAUGGUGGUGGAGUAGCGACUGUGACACCGCCACAGGUGCCCAUCCAGCUAAUGCAGUCUGGGAUGGUGACUCAGUUGUCCCAGCCCCCGGCUAGCACGCCCUCGCCUCCAGUGGUUUUAGCAUCCCCGAAUGCAAUGUUACAAACCUCUCCACCUGGUCCUGAAACAAGUCAGGCUGCCAGACAGGCUAAGCAGUGGAAGACUUGUCCUGUUUGUAAUGAGCUUUUCCCAUCAAAUGUCUACCAGGUGCACAUGGAGGUGGCCCACAAACCUGGUGAAGUGAAAAUGGAGGAAACCGCAGAACCUGACAAACUUGCAGCUUGUGCACCCUUUCUAAGGUGGAUAACAGAAAAAACGGUCCGGUGUUUCUCUUGUAAGUGUUUUCUCUGUGAGGAAGAGCUCAUGAAACAUCUCUUGAUGCAUGGUUUAGCUUGCUUGUUUUGCACUGUUACUUUCCAUGACUUAAAAGGCCUCGUGGAGCACAAUAAAACCACACACAAUGGGAAAAAGCAGCUACAUACAGAUUACAGCAACAGAGGAUUUCAGCUAGGUGAUGAUGCUCAGGGUAACCUUGUAUUUCCACACUUUGAUUUCAGUAUGAUGUUACCAAAAGAAGACGUUGGUGAAAGAGAAAUACAUUUAGCAGUGCUCGCCGGACUAAAUUCGAGGACGCUUGUCCCCCUUUACAUCAAAGUGAAACCUCAGACAGCAGAAGUGAACAGCAGAUGGAAGCAAAAAGCAUUGACCUGUCCCUUCUGCUUUGGUACUUUUGUUAGCAAAGAAACGUAUGAAAAGCAUUUGAAAGAGCGGCAUCAUAUAAUGCCAACUGUACAUACAAUUUUGAAGUCCCCUGCUUUCAAGUGCAUCCACUGUUGUGGUGUGUACACUGGCAAUAUGACUCUGACAGCCAUUGCUGUACAUCUGCUCCGUUGUAGAAGUGCUCCUAAAAACAGCAACUCCAGCAUGAAGAUGCAGCUUGACCGUACCGAGAAGAAGGACUUGCUGCUUGUGAAUGGUGAAAAGCAUGACUCAGUGCUGCUGAAAAGAAAGCAGUUGGAGUCUUUCAUUGCAGGAGACCAAGGAAAUAAGGAACAGCAACCUGCGAGCUUAAGUACUGGCAUAGCUUUGUCUUCAGAAAAAGAAGUGAAUCCCAGGGUAGUGCCUUUCAAACGACAGAAGGUUAAUUCUAGGACUGAGAUGAGGAAGCUUCCUUCUAGUGAAGAGCUUCGCAUCCUAGCAGUGGACCCUAAACAGUAUGAUCACAAUUCAUAUGAGGCUCAAAAACAGUUUUUGACAGACUACUUUCAUGAGAGGCCAUAUCCUUCUAAAAAAGAGUUGGAAUUACUUUCCUCGCUGCUAUACAGAUGGAAAAUUGAUGUUGGGUCAUUCUUUGGAAAAAAGAGGAGUAUAUGCCUGAAGGAAAUAAAUAAUCACAAACCAUCUGUGCUGCUGGGUUUCAGUAUGUCUGAACUAAAAAAUAUUAAGCACAGUUUGAGUAUAAAAGAUCAAACAUUAGAUAUGUAA